AUGGCGAGCUCAUCCGUCUACAACUUCCUAGGCGCAACGACAACGAAAGCGGCAACUAAGUCCACGUUGGUGUUGAAGGCGGAGGCGAAAAGAGCUACUGGAGUUCAAAUCACGAAGCACGAGUUCAUAAAUUUAUCCAAGGAGGAUCUGUGGGUAGAUUGGCAAUCGACAAUGGUAGAGGUGGCCGAUGAAGAGAGGAGGAAGCAAUUAUACGUUUUCAUUCCAUUAAUCGUGAAGUUUUGCAUCUGUGUUUCAGUUUUCUACUUCUUUAUCAGCUUCCGAUUUGAUCAGUUUCGCAUCUGUGUUUCAGUUUUCUACUUCGUUUUGAGUUUCCGAUUUGAUCAGAUCAUUUGGUGUAUUAUGUCGAAUUAUAGUGUUAUUGAUGGUGAUUUGUGUUCUUCUAUGAGUGAGAGUGAAGAAGAUGUUGAGAACUCAUUUUUUGAAGGUACAAGUGGUGUUAGGAGGAAACGAAACUCAAAUUCAAGAGCUAUUGGUUGUCAAGCAAAGAUUAUAUUUGAAUCUGUGUAUGGAACUCCAGAUUAUAAAGUUUUUCAGUUUGAUGAACUUCACAACCAUCCACUUGAGAAGAGAAGCGAUUUAAAAAAGGCGAGACAAAUGUCAUAUUCAGAAAAAGAGUUUAUUGUGCGUGCUUCCACAUCAAAAAUAGGUCCAACUAUGGCUCAUAAGUUGAGGGCAAGUCUGAGAGGUGGGUAUGAGUUUGUAAAGCCCAAAGUAGUUGACUAUAAAAAUUUAAGGAGAGAUAUCAACAGGGUUAUUGGUUAUAAAGAUGCCCAAAUGAUAGUAAACACAAUGAAUGACCGUCGAGCUCACUAUCCAAAUUACUCAUUUGAGUUUAAUUGUCAAGAUGAUGUUUUGGACUGUAUGUUUUGGGCUGAUGAAAUGGAGAAGGCAUAUUAUGCUGAAUUUGGUGAUGUUAUCUCGUUUGAUGCGACUUUCCGAACAAACAAGUAUCGAAUGGUUUUUGUUCUGUUUACUGCUAUUGACCAUCAUAAAAAAUCGGUUACUGUUGGAUCUGGGUUGCUAAGCAAUGAAAGCCUUGAGUCUUACUCUUGGUUGCUUAAAGCAUUUCUUAAAACUCAUGGGAAAGAACCAACGCUUGUUUUAACUGAUCAAGAUGCUGCAAUAAAACAAGCUGUUGAGAAUGUGUUUCAUAAUUCAAAGCACCGAUUAUGUAUGUGGCAUAUAAUGAAAAAGUUGAAAAAAAAGAUAUCAGAUGAUUUAUUUACAAACACAGACUUUAGAAAAAGGUUUUCGAAGCUUGUUUGGGACAUUAAUAUGAAACUUGAUGUUUUUAAGGUGAAGUGGGGUUUGCUUACGAAGGAAUUCAAUCUUGAAGACACAAGAUGGUUUAAAGACAUGUUUACAAUACGUGAUUCAUGGAUACCUGGAUAUUUUAGUGAUAUUCCAAUGUGUGGUUUGAUGAAGACUACAUCGAGGUCAGAGAGUAUGAAUUCAUUCUUUAAUACAUAUUCAGAAAGUGGGAACUUACUUUUGAAUUUCAUGAUGAAUUACGACACUGCCAUUCAAAAGCAAAGGAAUACUCAACGAGAGCUUGAUAAGGCAUCAAAGAAAGCAUCAUAUAAAAUGCAAACACCUCGAGAAAUAGAACUGCAAGCAUCAAAGGUUGAAAUAAAAGCUGAAGAGAAAGAAAUAAAUUGCAGUUGUGAACAUUUUAAGUGUAUGGGUGUUUUAUGCAGACAUGCUUUUACAAUAAUGAUGAGAUGUGGUGUUAAAGAAAUUCCUGAAAGCUACAUUUUGAAGAGAUGGAGAAAGGAUGUGAUAUCAAGAAAUUAUCGUUUUAGUUCUGUUCAAUCCGAUUCAGGUGAUUGUGAAAAUGUAAAGCUAGUCAAUGAUUCAUAUUAUAGUUUUGAAUCAUGUUUGGAUAUUGUAAGAGAUGACAAAAAGAGAUUGGCUUUGUUUGCUGAGAAACAACAAAUGUUGUUGAAGGAAUUUGAGAGUGAUUAUAUUUCUCCUGGAUUGAAAAGCAAGACAAAUGGUGAAGUCGUAUGCAAGCUUUUGGGUGUUACUAUUCCUAUUCCAGAAGAGAUUAAUAUUCAUGUUCCUGAAGUUCAAAGCAACAAAGGUUCUGGAAUCAAUAAAAGAAUUCCAAGUGCAGGUGAAGUAGCAUAUGAAAAUUCUAAAAAAGAACAUAGAAUGUGUUCAGGAUGUGGAAAGCGAGUUCCACACAAUUUACGUACUUGUCCAGAAAGAGUUGGAGCUGCUAAAUCAGCAAAAGACAGUUAG